AUGUCCGGUUCUGAUAAUGCCUCUUCGUCAGACAGGGAGAUUGUUGUGAAGGAACCUCCUAUCGUCGACUGGCCAUCAGACAAAAUGGCAAGCGAAACACAAAAGCCGGCCGAAGAGGAAUGGAAGCCAUCGAAGCACGAAAAAGCCAUUAUUUACACUCUUGCUUUCCUAAACCUCAUCGUCUCUCUCGAUGCUACUAUUAUUGUUACCUCCUUAAGUGCGAUUAUUAGUGAACUUCAGGGUACAACUACUCAAGCCUUCUGGAUCGCCACGUCAUAUCUUCUUGUCAAUGCAGUUACUAUGCCGAUGAUUUGCUCAGUCAGCGACAUCAUUGGACGCCCAAUCUGCCUUACCUUUUCGAUCGCUGCGUUUUCGGUAGGAACACUACUCUGCUGUACGGCACAUAGCAUUACGCAGAUGAUCGUGGGUAGAUGUAUCCAAGGCGUCGGCGGAGGAGGUAUUCACUCUUUAGGCUUGGUCAUUCAUACCGACUUUGUGCCCCUAAGAUGGAGACCGAAGUGGUAUAGCGUAACACUCGCAGCAUGGGCUGUAGGCCUCUCAAUAGGGCCGGUGACAGGUGGGGCCAUUGCUGAUAGGACUACAUGGCGCUGGAUAUUCUAUAUCAUGCUUCCUAUUUGCGGGUUCGGCCUUGUUGUCGUACCUUAUCUUCUUACUCUACGGCCGAAAGAGGCUACAUUUCAAGAGAAAUUAAGGAGAAUUGACUGGCUGGGAGGAUUUAUUUUUACUGGUUCCGCAACAGCCUUUCUUAUUGCAAUUUCCUGGGGUGGCUCACAACAUGCGUGGAAUAGCGCGGCCACGUUGGUUCCUCUCGUGCUAGGCAUUGUCGGUUUAAUAGCCACUUCUUUCUACGUAGGGUACAUUGCGAAAUACCCUUUCAUUCCUAGUGCCCUAUUCAAGGAUAUUAGCUCUAUAAUUACAUAUAUAGGUGCUUUUCUCCAAGGCGUCCUGUUAUAUGGGCAAUUAUACUAUUGUCCGUUCUAUCUCAUGUCCGUAAAAGAAUUUACUCCGACUAUUGCAGGCGUGGCUACACUUCCAAACCUCCUCACAUUUGCUAUAUCCGGAAUAGUAACUGGCCGCCUUGUGACCCGGUUUAACAAUUUCCGUUGGGCUAUUUGGUUUGGUUGGUUUGUCAGCUGCAUCGCAACAGCUAUGUACACAAUAUGGAGGGUCAACGACAGCGCGCCUGUUUGGGUUAUUAGCUAUCUUUUAGGAGGGAUCAGUCAUGGGGCUAUACUUAAUGCCCAGAAUUUCGGAACCCAGAGCAUGUGCAAACCCGGAGACGAAGGUGCCGCCGCAGCGAUGUAUAUAUUCGCAAGGCAGUUUGGUAUGGCCGUUGGUGUAGGAAUAGGCGCGUCAACGUUUCAAAACGUGAUGAAGCUAAAGCUCAGGUGGGAAGGACUGGAUACUUCCAUCGCUGACUAUGCUGAAAGUUAUAUUCCGACUUUGCACUUACUUCCUGUUGGCCAUGUCCGGGACGCAACUUACGACUCGUUCAAGCUGGGUUUUCAGGUCGUGUUUGCUACGUGGCUAGGGAUCUCGGUUCUCGCCCUCUUCCUUACCCUAGUGUUUGUCAAACACGCCGAUAUGAACAGAAAAUUGGAUUCGGAUCACACGAUUGACAGCACGCGGAUGUUUAGGCAUUGGGACAAAAAGCGUUCUUCUAUGGAAGGCGUUAGGGAGUGA